UGACCAAACUGGUCAUCGAACUGACCGAAACUUCGGCCACGGGGAUUUCUCAGAAGACGUCCCAACUGCGCAUGUUUGAUCACCUUGUGCAGAGAAGGAUCUAGAAGUAGAACCAUGCCUUAGCGCAUUCGUUAAGUACUUUAUCAGCCACCUUCUUAAUCACGUAUGUGGUACAGUCCACAACCCGGAAGUGCCGUGCCAACAUGGCGGACAGCCACAACAAAAAACAGACAGUUGGAGUUUCUGCGACUUCUCCAAAUCCCAGCAGUACUGAAGAGUUGAAACCAGAUGAGGAUGGACCAGCCAUGAGACAGGGGGACUCUGGGUACUACAGUCAUCCUCUCAGCAGGCAGGAGGCUUCCGACACAGUCGACGCAGUUUUUGAAAAGCCAACCCUUGGUUCUGCUGAAGGUAAUGAUUUAUCCAGUCAGCGGAUUAGGAAGGAAGAAGACAAAUUCUUGACAUGGGCAGCAGAACAGGCCAGUCAGUCCCAGGACUAUCUCCAGUUGGAGGAGGGAGUCAUGUUUUCCAAGUACAUUGUGACCAGCACAGGAAACAAAGUUGAGAUCCUCCGACCAGACGGAAGCCACUACCGGCGGGGUGAGAGGUACAGUCCGUCAGCGGAGUGGGUGACAGGGGGUCUGCUGGGGGAGGGGGCGUUCGGAAAAGUGUACGUCUGUGAGGACCUGGCAAAAUCUAUUAAAAAACAACAUGCAGUGAAAGAGACCAAACUGCGUGAGUUUAACCCGGUAGAAGCAGAGUCGUGGUUGAGACUGGGGUUCAGCCGCCAUGUUUGUGGUCUGAACGCUGUGAUGCUGCAGGACGGAGCGGUGUGGUGGCACAUGGAGCUCAUCAACCCCAGAGUUUCUCUAAAACAACUUGUGGACAUCCAUCAGCCAAAUCCUCUUCACUGGAGGGAUGCUGUUACCAUAGCAACUGGAAUAUUUGCCGCCAUUGCGCACAUACACAGCUGUGGUGUCAAACACUGUGAUCUCCAUCCUGGAAACGUGAUGUUGUGUAGAGACCUGCGUGUGAAGGUGAUCGACUUCUCCCUGCUGCAGCCUGCGGUAACAGAUGCUGACUUCAGCCUGGACGUACAGAACGGCCUGCAGCUGCUGCUGUACAUGCUCACUGCCAGGAGCUUUCGCUUCUCAUGGACACAGGAGUCAGUACAGGAACAUGUCAAGGACACUAAGUUGCUCCCCCUGGUGCUGAGGAUGUUCCAACCUGUGACCAGUCAGACAGCAGCAGACCUUGCGAAGGAGUUUUCAGCCUGCAGGGUGAGAGGGGUGGAUGAAGCUGAUGGGAUCAAAAAGGAGAAUGCAGCCACUGGUGGUAGACAGGGUGCUGUCAGGGAGUCGUUUGCAACAGCAGCAAGCGAGGAAGACGUGCUCACUGCAGUACACAGUCAUGUCAGCCAGGGGGACUCGCUGGAGGAUAUCUUUGCUGCACUUCCAGAAGGUGGAACAUUUGCUGUUACCACAAGAAAGAUGCAGACACCUUGAGGAAACUGUCCUGUUAUACCAGACAGAGAAAUGAGAUGAGACUGUGACAAACUACUAAAGAUGGCAUUUGGUUGGAGGGUGGAG